GCGAUGGGUUCACGCAAAGUUCACCCGCAUAUAUUAGGCAGCCAGAUCUUUCAUUCCCUGUGACAAAACUAGUAGGAAAUGAGCUGUAUUGAGGCAGGAUAAGCCAUUCACCGUCGGAGGGGAGAUGCGCUUUUAAACACACGGGGCCGCGGUAUUUCUGAAACGUUUCUACCCGCCGCCUUUGAUUGAAGAUCGGAGCUUUUGUGUCGGUAACGUUGCGGGACGGUGCUGCGCUGUGUUUCUGGAGAAACGAUUCGGAAAUUUUACUGAGGGUAUCGAUCGUACCCCCCUUUUCCCCCUUUCUUUGAAUCUGGACUUAGUGGGAAAUGGCAAGCGAUCAUUUGGAUCAAUUACAAGCUUUUAGCCGUGUUGUCUGUCAUAAUUCAUGAUUGUAGUCGGGGAGGGAAGACCAACAUCUGACGUGCCAAAAGAGAGGCAGAGUUUGAUGGAGUUCGGUCCAGUGUAGCGGGCGAUUUACACCCUCCCUUUAAGGAAAAAAAGCAGUAAUUUGCAGUCUUCUGUAGAGGUGCAUCAUGUUUGACUGUAUGGAUGUGCUAGCCGUAAGCCCGGGACAGAUGCUGGAUUUUUACACCUCAAGUCCGUCUUCGUGCAUGCUCCAGGAAAAAGCUCUGAAAGCAUGCUUCGGCGGGCUGGCGCAGAGGGACUGGCAGCAUCGCCGGAGCGCGCAGUCAGCUGUUGAGACCCAGAGUAGCAGUUCAGAGGAGCUGGUCCCGAGCCCCCCCUCGCCCCCAGCCCCGCCGCGCAUCUACAAGCCCUGCUUUGUGUGCCAGGACAAGUCUUCGGGAUACCACUAUGGCGUCAGCGCCUGCGAGGGCUGCAAGGGCUUCUUCCGCAGAAGCAUCCAGAAGAACAUGGUGUACACGUGCCACAGGGACAAGAACUGCAUCAUCAACAAGGUCACCAGGAACCGCUGCCAGUAUUGCCGACUGCAGAAGUGCUUCUCCGUCGGCAUGUCGAAGGAGUCUGUCCGGAAUGACCGGAACAAGAGGAAGAAGGAGAUCCCCAGGCUGGAACUGGCGGAGAGCUACGAGCUGACCGCUGAGCUGGAGACCAUCGUGGAGAAGAUCCGGAAGGCGCACCAGGAGACCUUCCCCUCCCUCUGUCAGCUCGGCAAGUACACCACGAACUCCAGUGCAGACCACCGUGUGCGUCUGGACCUGGGCCUGUGGGACAAAUUCAGUGAGCUGGCCACCAAGUGCAUCAUCAAGAUUGUGGAGUUUGCCAAGAGGGUCCCCGGCUUCACGGGGCUCACCAUCGCCGACCAGAUCACCCUGCUCAAGGCCGCCUGCCUGGACAUCCUGAUUCUCCGCAUCUGCACGAGGUACACCCCCGACCAGGACACCAUGACCUUCUCGGACGGCCUGACUCUGAAUCGGACUCAGAUGCACAACGCUGGCUUCGGGCCGCUCACUGACCUGGUGUUCACCUUCGCCAACCAGUUGCUGCCGAUCGAGAUGGACGACACUGAGACUGGCCUCCUCAGCGCCAUCUGCCUGAUCUCCGGAGACCGCCAGGACCUGGAGGAGCCCUCGAAGGUGGACCAGCUCCAGGAACCGCUUCUGGAGGCCUUGAAGAUCUACGUGCGAAAACGGCGGCCCAGCAAGCCGCACAUGUUCCCCAAGACGCUGAUGAAGAUCACCGACCUGCGCAGCAUCAGUGCCAAAGGUGCGGAGCGGGUCAUCUCGCUGAAGAUGGAGAUUCCGGGCUCCAUGCCCCCGCUCAUCCAGGAGAUGCUGGAGAACUCUGAGGGCCAGGAAGCGCAGGGCGGCUCUGAGGACAAGGCUGACCCUGAGGAACCCGAGCGCGGGUCCCCGUCCCCGGAGUCCGCCGACGGCGCCGCCCCUACGCCCGCCGACGACCCUUAGGAGGAUCGGAGUGUGACUCAGCUACUCCUCCCCCACUCCGGCGGACUCUCGGACGUUAACUUUGCACAAAACCAGUUGGAUGGGCGGAGAACGUGCUCAAAAGUACCCACCUUUGCCCCCACCCCUCCACCCCAAGGCCUGAAAGGACCAGUGUUUCCUGUAUAAUUCUUACUGAGCUCUUAUGGGCAACCUGCCCUUGGGACCUGCCAUGCGCAUCAGGACCCGAGGGCGUCCAGCCGGAUGCCUGCGCAGGUGAACUCCGCUCAGGUCACGCGUGCAAGUCCGUAGCUGCAUGAUGGGCUCCCAGGUCCCAUACAGGCACCAUGCUCCGCCGUAACAUUGUACAUACCAUCGUAUGGUGAAGCCACUGUUUGUUUUGAUCUCAUGGUGCUUCCUCGUUGUCUUAAAUACGCAAAAUUUUAAGGCAAAGCUGUACAAUAAAGUAAAAACCUGA